AUGACAAUCCACAGCGGAAUACCUCGCGAUCCUUUGAAAUCAUCCUCGUUAUUCGUCUUUGUUAUGAGAAUAUUCGUUUGAAAAAAUAUAUAGAGUUAAGCAUACACAUGCCCCCAGUGCAUGUGAGUAAGCGUUCUCCUGGUUCUCCCAGGCAGUCUGCCACCGGAGGGAUGGAUGCUGUCAGCUAUGAAGACUUGUUGGUGGCUCAAUAUCUCGAGGGAUUGAAGAAAGAGAGAUCAGCUUCUCAAAGGAAGAGGUUGGUGAAAUCUCCCAAGAACACCUCCCCUUACCUCCAGCGCCUUGCCCACACCGACAUCAUCGGCACUGCUGCGGGAGACACGAGGGGGAGACCACACCCACAGUCCAGUCGACGCCCGUUUUCGGCAGCCCAGACCUCCUCGCGGUCGGAGCGGGAGCGGAAGCGCAUCCAUGCCAGAUUCGUGGUUGAUCCACCGAAGCAGAAUGGGGUUGAAGAGGAGGUUGAGGAAAAAACAAAGGGUAAACACCGGCCGGCUAGUGCCCCGGUGUAUAAGUCAAGGCCAUGGAGUGGACGGUCUGCUGCAUCCUCAAUGUCAACGUACUCCCAGAAUUCCAGGGGUAAGAUGCUGAACCGGUUACAGCCUCCCGUCAUCAGGGCCAUGUGUUAUAGGAACGGAAGCAGAGAGAAGUGUGUCAAGAUAACUGCACCUACCAUGAAAAUUUUCCUUGAAUACUGCACUCUGAAGCUGGACUUUGAGUUCGCAGCUCGGAGGAUCUUUCUGGAGGAUGGGACGGAGGUGAAGGGUGCGGAGGAGAUACCAAGGGACGGUGAGGUGUACAUCUCAGGAGGGGAGCCGUUCAAGAAUCCAUUCAAGCCUGUCCAUGGUAUUGUGAAGAAGAACAUGCAUGCUGCCUGGACACUGGAUGGUGUUGUUCUACCAAGCAAUAAAAAGAAAACUAAAACUACACUCUCAAAGAGAAUGAGAAACAUGUUAUCAUCUGGGAUGCGUCGUGUGAUGGUGUUCAUCAACGGUGAUGCAGCGGAGUCUCAGGAGGUGGUGGCUAAUCUAGAACAGUUUAACCAGUUUUUGGACUCAUGUACAUCAAAGUUAAACCUCAACAGUCCUGCCAGAUUUAUAUAUACAUGGGAUGGACAGAAAUUAGAGGAUCUUAGUGAUUUACCCAGACUAGAUACUUGCCUUCAGAGUAGCACCACACCAAUCUACGGACCGGUUUGGGUCUCCAAGGGGGAGAGGUUCAGUGCUUUAGGAGCUAAAACUUUCCUAACUGAGAUAGUGAAGAUCUGUAAGCAGCAGACCAAGAUGAACAAGACACGUCUGGGAGAGCUCAGGCAAGGCCGACAAGCAGCGGAGGACAGGGGCAAUGCAGGGGAGGUGGUGGUCAUGGAUAAGGAAAUUACACAGGUUGAGUCUCUGAUAGAAGAUUUCCAUGAAGCGAGGAGUAAAGUGGAUGAUAUCCUGGAUUCAAUCAGUGAUAAAGCUGCCAUGGAGAUGGAGGAAGGUCAUACGUUCAAAUCCAAGCACAUGAAAGAACUAGACUCCUCACACAGGCUGGUAGGACAACAAGGAAUCAGACUCAAGGUGUAUGAGAAUGGCAGAAAUGAUGGGGAAGAGACUGUAUUCUUCAAUAUGAAGGAGGCUUCUAAAGGAGUUCAAGGAGAACAAAACCUCCUCAUGCAAAGGCUCCUUGAUACCAUAACCCGUUGGGUGAGACCGGAGCAGAAUACGACAGCUCUCAGCACCAUCGUCACCAAGAUCUUCAAUAACAAGGGCAAGGAGAUCACCAAUGUCUAUGAUCUGAAGAACGAUCAGAAGGUCUGGCUGUCAUUCGGAGAGCCAUACAGAGACCCUCAUGUAUACUGUCUUCAGCUGACCUUAGAUAAAGCGAUAGGAUACAAGGAUUACUCCCAGGCGUAUGGAGAACCUCAGAGGGUGGUCGUGAGGGAGCCACUUCUUGCUGACCAGAUACCGGAAGGAGGAGAAAGACACACAUCCUGGAUGAUCCGUGACAUGUACCCUGAGGAGGCGUUCCAGGAAAUCAACGAAGACACACCCCUGGAGUUGAGGGAGAAGGUCAAAGAAGACAUGAAAGUUCAUGACCUUCACCCCGAUGCACACUUCCUACAACAUGAGGAUGAUGAAAGUUUAAUGUUAUAUCCUGAGGUGUCCGUGGCUGAGAAACAAAAAUCCUCUAAAGUCUGGCCUGUCAGGGCUCAGUCCUGGUGCAUCAAUAAAGAUGGUGUUAUCUACAGCAAGUCACACCCAAAGUUAGCUCUCACCCUGAUGUUGAACCGUGGCCCUGAGUGGGAGAUUGAUGUCAAGUUCCCAGGGAGUUCCAAUGAGACUUAUGGGAUACCUGUAUGUCUCCUUGAGAGAGAGGACCGUAUGGAUGGCCAGCAGUGGGUUUUCCUAAAUGACGGAAGAAUAGCAAACUGGGCAAAUCAAAGUCUGCUGCUGACCUUUGUUGAAGCGCCCUCUAGUGAUGACCAGCAGGGAAUGGAGAUGACGUUAUCAGGAGGGGGAGGAGGGGGCAAUGAGGGAAUCUCAGCCAGUGAUUGGCUAGGAGAUAACAGCCAAACUAACCAAUGGGAGGACGGAUACGGGGCGGAGCAGGAGGAAGGUGACCCGCCCAAGCCGGGGUUCAAAGGUCACAAGUUUGUACUCCUGGGUAUGGAGAGGCUAUCUGAUAAACAUAGAUGGGCGAAGGCACAGAGAUGGGCCUUGAAGCAGGAGAACCUGGAUCGCCCCAGAGAAUGGCGUCACAACGACCUGAUGUCAACGAACCCUAUGUGGAACAAGUUAGCCUACUCCUGGCCCGUCGAUUGGCGAGGAGACAUUAAUAAGAACUUUGAUUGGCCGAUGGAAGGUUACUUCAUCGCCUAUGCCCCGCCCAUUAGGACUAAAAGCUCCGUGGGUGCUCUGGAAGAUACCAACGAGGAGUACAGAACUGUUCCCUUGAGACUAAGAGUGAUGAAGAAUGGAGAGAAAGAUCUCAAUAGGAUGGCAUAUGUAGUGGGCCCAGAUCUCACUAAUAUGAUGAAGGAUUUGAAUCGAACAGCUCAAAAUGGAAAGCGACCUCACAGGCAUCGGCGGUCAGGAUCGAAGAAUAAGGAAGAUAUUGCGGCUAAGAUAAAGUCAAAGAAAGUGAAUCUCAAGCAACUUGAGUUUCAACUGUUCUUGGACAGGUGCACCCCACAGCUCAACCUCCCAUUCGCAGCCCGGCGUCUCUUCAACGAGAACGGCAAAGAACUCACCACCUUAGAAGACCUUGAUAGGGAUGCCUUGGUCUACGUGAGCAGCGGUGAUUCCUGGCUGAACCCCAAGCUAACCACACAGCAGCAGCAGAGGAGGAUGCUACUGGCGUCUCUAGCUGGCGACAUCGAUGCCAUCAAGAUGUAUUGUGCACUCCGAGACCCAGGUGCUAUGUGCCUUGAGGUUUCUGGCGCCCUUGGAGCUGGCAGUCCCCUCAUCGUGAACUCUUGCUGCCUCAGCGAUGAGGAUAGAGAGAAGCUAGCCCGAGGACCUACCCCAGAGCAGCCCCAGGAUGAGCCACCGCCACCAGGAGAUCCCUAUGAAAAUAUGAGUGCCCACCAGAAAGCCCACAUGAUUGCAGACCAGAAGCAGGAAGGUUUGAAGUGGCCGUGGGAGAAGGUUCUUAACAUUGGUCUUGAGGAGGUUUCCGAUGCUAACAACCAAUCAGGAGGCGAGGCUGACGGAUAUACCAACCCAGACCUUUAUCAUAAACUCAAACCUAAAGCCAAGUCGCCUCGGCCCGCCAACCCUCGUCAAUCCCACCAGAGGUUCAUCUACAUGGACGGUUACAUCGCCUGCAAGACCACGCCCUAUCUGGUUCUAGGUCCUCUAGAUCCCAGUACGGACAGCUCCCCGGUCGUACUCUGUAAGAAAGAUGCUGACAAUGCCUACCUGAGGUGGACCAUAGGUGAUGAUGGUCUGAUCAGAUGCAAGGCCAACGAGGACCUGGUCCUGACCUGUUCCCUUCCUAACGCAACUCCGGGUGACGGUUCACCCCCUCCUAGCCUGACCGGUCAGUCGGUGGUCCUACAGCCGGUCAAGCCUGAGAAGAAUGGUCGGGCUAACCAGAUCUGGGCUACAGAGAAGGAGACUGGGUUCAUAUUUGGCAUGGCAGCAGAGUUCAGAGACAGGGAAAUCACAGCAGCCAAUAGAGCCAAUGUCUGCACAUUUGCAAUCGCCGACUCGGAAGCGAUAGAACAGCCAGGCUAUACAAUGAAGGGCAAUAACAAAGAAGAGCCACCCAUGACAGUAUGCCUGGCCUGCUCGAGAACACUGAGGGCGCAAUAUAAGCUGGACAAACUGAGCCAGCCGACGUCGUUCAGCUGCUCGGUUGGAGUCGCUCAGAAGGAAGGGCAGAAGAUAAAGGGGUGUCUGCAAUUCUUAGGAGGCAAGGUUGACCUAUCAGCGUUUGAAGCGACUAAUACCGUGGCCCACUACGAAGGUGAACUCAAGCGACUGAGGCAGAUGACCAGCGCUAGGGUGAUUGCAAGAGAGAUAUCAGCCUACCAACCGGUUCAAACCGUCCGUAUCGUCGCCUACAAGAACGGUGAAGGGCGCAACCAGGCCGGUGUCAUCGUGUGUGGCUCGACUCUCAGAGGGCUUCUGGACCAGUGUACCUACGCUUUACAGUUACCCACAGCAGGGAGGCGUAUAUAUACCCAGGAUGGCACUGCAAUCCUGACGUUAUCAGACCUACAUACGUGGAAGGUGACCUGCUAUGGCAUGCAGAAUCUGGAUCUUGGACCAGAAAUAGAUACCAAGGAUGAGGCGAAGAUGAAGCGGGCAAUCACAGAGAAUUUACGCACCGAACUCUUCAACCGACAACCAGUUGAGGUUUGGGUGUCACAAGGAGAGCCCUUCAAACCACCAGAACAGGUGGACUACGCACGUGCCCUCAAGGCAGAACUAAGAGAGGAAAGGGCAAAGGUCAUGUUGGAGCUGGAGAAGGAGAAGCAUGUUUUGAGACAGAUGCAAGGAAGAAGAACGGCAGGACAGAGCGUCCCAGAGUACGUACCAACCCUCAGCCCUGAUGAACCUGUCUUGGUUGAAGGAGGGUGGACCAAGCCAAGCAUGACAGAGGUCAAGAAAAGUAUCCAGGUCAAUCAACUUGAGAAUCAUCUUUCAGAAGUGAAGGCCCAUCAGAAGUCCAGAGACCCUAACUCGUCCACCAAACCCAUUAUUGAUUCCAGUCGCAAACUUUACAGUCAACCAACAAAGAAACGUGUGAUGGUGUAUAAGAAUGGUACCAGCGAGGACCAAGCCCAGUAUGUAUGGGGUUCAUCGUUAGAAGAGAUCCUCACAGAAGCUACAGUGAAACUUGGUCUACAUAAGACGGCCACUCAGCUCUACACCGCCACUGGGGGCGCUGUUGCAUCAUUCGAUGAUGUCUCAAGGGACGACGUGCUGUGCGUUUCUUAUAAGGAAUCUUUCAAAGGCGCUAAAGGAAGCAGAAACCAAGUGGAAGUAAAGGCAAACUGGUCCAGAGCGCGUAAAAGGGACGGAGAGUCAGCUACUGAUAUCAUGAUCACAGCUAAUACACAUCCUAGCAUUGAGGUGGACCCGUUUGGACCUCCAGCCCUGGCCCUUCCUGCUCCUGGUGAUAAAUGAACCAGAAAAACAAGAGAGGGGAGUAGACACAGCAAGCAAUGGAGACUUAAAGGGGAAGUUUACCCUGACAAAAAGUUUAUUGUAAAAA